CCAGUUUUAUGCCAAACUAGAGCCGGAUAACUGGAGAUAUCACAAUGUUAAAGACUGAAUCAUUUUUCACUUUUGUUUUGAUUUUGCUUCAGAUGGGUUUGUCCGCAGGCCAAACUGAAAGCUGUCUUCAAUGUGGAGCCGACUGUCUCUCUGCUGUACAAUCCGCUGUUCCCGUCUGUAUCUCAGCUGGGUUUGAUUUUACAACAGCGUUGGUUGGUUGUGUGGAGAGACUGCUGUCACUAGCACAAAACUGUCAAAGCUGUAUAAAGAGUCUAGUAUGUUGUGUAACAGACAGCUGUAGUAUCUGUAAUUGUGAAUGUAAAAACUUGAUAAAAUUUACUGCUCCUGUUUUCUCUCCUCUACACCAGGAACAAUCCUGGCUGUUUAAUGAAGAGUGUCACUUUGCCUAUAUUGGUGCCCCUAAUUGCCUGGACUGUGAUGGAAAAAAUGUUUAUGAAUCAGUGAAUUGUUCUCAAAGUUUGUAUUUACACUACCAUGAUUAUAUAAUAGAUGGAAGAUGGGUUUUAACAGAGGGUCUAGAUGAUGAUGACACGAAUGCUCUAUUAAGAAACAAAGGAGAUGGACUUGAUGACGAGGAAUGCCCAGAAAAGGAAACUUACACAUGGGAGACUAGAUCUCAGAAGGCUCCAGGUUUAGGCUGGUUUUCAGACAAGGAUAUUAAGCUUGAACCAUUCCAAACUCAGGAAAAGAUUGUAGAGAGUGCGAAGCUUAUCUCAAACAAGAAGAUAAUUAAGCUUGAUUAGUUGUUUAUACUUGUAUUGUUUAUAAUACACAAAUGUGUUAUUAAAUAUGAAGAAGUUA